CAGAAGUCUCGUAUCUUAUUUAGGUGUUUUUGUCUGUCCUAACUCCUAACUGCUAAUACUACUCUCCCAUUGCUCGCUCUCGAGGUCCCAAAUGUGUAUUAUGUCCAAGCGAAGUUCAUCCGCUUUCUUGAUCGCAUGAAAGGCGACAACUCCAACGUGUUCCUUGUUGCUGGCCUCGCGCUGGUGGUCGUCGUCCAUGUCCUCGCGCUCCUGUGGGCGCUGUGGUGGGGAUACGGCCGUGCGCGCCUCUUCGCCCGCGCCGUCUGGCAGCACGGCGUGGAGCGCGGCGGCCUGUCGGCGGAAGAGGUCGGCGAGCUGCCGUGCCACGACGUCAGGGAAGGCGCCGGCGCCGGGGAGUGCGCUGUGUGCCUGGAGGCGUUCCGUGCGGGCGACCGGCGCCGGGUGCUGCCGAGGUGCGAGCACGGCUUCCACGCGCAGUGCGUCGACUCGUGGCUGAGCAUGAGCCGCCUGUGCCCGAUGUGCCGCGCCGAGGUGGCCGUGGUGGCCGCCGGCCGCGGCAAGGAGGCCGAGGCCAACACCUUGGAGAUCGUUACUGAAAGAUAGCCGGCCAGCGAGAGACUUGCUUAAUUGUUGCUUAUGCUGCAUGCUUGCAUGUGUUUGAAAAUCUCUCUGGGGGUG